AUGGCUUCCGAAGAUGCUGUCCGGACCCGAAUCCUCAACCACAUGAACAAGGACCACGUCUACGACUCAAAGUUAUAUCUAAUCCAUCGCCUUUCCUAUCCUAAAACUCUUCUAUUACCAUCGAAUCCUGCCAAGGUUCAACUCUCUGACAUCCAAACCACCCACCUAACAAUCACUGUCGACGAUGUCGCUAAGGAAAUCCCGUUCGACCCACCCAUGGCCUCCCUCUCCGACUCGCGUGUCCGUCUGGUGGAGAUGACAAAACAGGCAGAAGCAGCAUUGGGAGUAGAUCGUGAUAUGGUUUCUAUCACACCCGUUUACCUCCCUCCGCGUGGCAUCGGAGAGUGGACUCUUUUGUUCACCAUGCUAUCAUGCAUGUAUCUCCUCUUUAUUCCUUCUACCUUGCAACCCGGCGGGCUUCUCUACUCAACUAUCCUCAAAGAUUAUCCAUGGAUAGCAGAUGCGAUGCAUAAACAAGUCUGGUGGGGGUAUUGGGUAUUGGUUAGUUUCCAUGUUGGAGAAACUUUAUGGUUCUGCUUUGGAGUUUUGGGGAAGUUUUGGGAAGUGCCUGGGGUUGAUAUUGGGACAGCGGCGCUGUGGACUAUUGAUGUGGCUAUUCAUGGGUUCUAUGCACUGAAUAAGUGGAAGAGAAUGGUGAGGAGGCAGGUCAAGAAGAACGGAAAGAAGGAUCACUGA